AUGGGCCUGAGGAGGUUUGGAAGAUUGGUCAAAUGGGUUGGUGGUAAUGGUAGGAGGCCAUUUUCAACCUGCUCCUCCUCCUCCUCCUCUUGUGAUGAAAUGAUGGUUCAGCAAAUUGCGAGUGGGAAAUCAUUGAACCUCUACUCUGCCAUCAACCAAGCGCUCCACAUCGCCUUGGAAACUGAUCCACGUGCUUAUGUAUUUGGAGAAGAUGUGAGCUUUGGUGGGGUCUUUCGUUGCACAACAGGCUUAGCUGAUCAAUUUGGUAAACAAAGGGUUUUUAAUACCCCUCUCUGUGAACAGGGCAUUGUAGGAUUUGGCAUUGGUCUAGCAGCUAUGGGUAAUCGAGCUGUAGCAGAAAUCCAGUUCGCAGAUUAUAUUUUUCCUGCUUUUGAUCAGAUUGUCAAUGAAGCUGCAAAGUUCAGAUACCGAAGUGGAAAUCAAUUUAAUUGUGGAGGUUUAACAAUACGAUCCCCCUAUGGAGCUGUGGGCCAUGGUGGACAUUAUCAUUCACAAUCUCCUGAAGCUUUCUUCUGUCAUGCCCCUGGUAUCAAAGUGGUCAUCCCUCGAAGCCCACGGCAAGCAAAAGGCUUAUUGCUUUCCUGCAUACGCGAUCCAAACCCUGUUGUGUUUUUUGAACCAAAGUGGCUAUACAGAUUAUCAGUAGAAGAGGUUCCUGAGCAUGAUUACAUGUUGCCUUUAUCAGAGGCAGAGAUAAUUCGAGAGGGCAACGAUAUAACACUUGUUGGUUGGGGAGCUCAGUUAUCUAUAAUGGAACAGGCCUGUAAGGAUGCUGAAAAAGACGGAAUUUCUUGUGAACUGAUAGACCUGCGAACUCUUUUACCUUGGGAUAAGGACACAGUGGAGGCCUCUGUCAGAAAGACUGGAAGGCUUCUUAUUAGUCAUGAAGCUCCGGUUACUGGAGGAUUUGGUGCUGAAAUAUCUGCUUCAAUUGUCGAACGUUGCUUCCUAAGGUUGGAAGCACCUGUUGCGAGAGUGUGCGGUCUGGAUACCCCAUUUCCUCUUGUAUUUGAGCCCUUCUAUGUGCCCAACAAGAACAAGAUAUUGGAUGCAAUCAAAUCAACUGUGCCAUCUCCCUCCGUUAUCACCUUGCACCCGUAUGAUGGAGUAUGGAAAUAA